UCUCCCUUUAAGCAAAUUUUUCUCUAUAAAACUGCAUUCGUUGCAGCCCGUACUUCCUCUUCCCCACGUAAAAAUUUCUUCCAUUGCCGGGGACGCCAUACUUCAUCUUCCUCAUUAACGACGGCGAGGACGAAGAAUGGAUUCCGGCAACAACUCUCUUCCCUCUUCGUCCGCGCCGGAUGCGAUUAAAAGACGCGUAUGCUACUUCUACGAACCAGAGGUCGGCAAUUACUAUUACGGUCAAGGACAUCCAAUGAAACCUCACCGGAUCCGGAUGACGCACGCGCUUCUGCUCAAUUAUGGUCUUCUUCAAAGGAUGCAAGUUUUCCGUCCGAUUCCGGCGAGAGAGCGCGAUCUCUGCCGCUUCCAUUCCGAUGAGUACGUAUCGUUUCUACGGAAAGUUACGCCAGAGACGAAACAGGAUCAGAUCAGGGCGCUAAAGCGGUUUAAUGUUUGCGACGACUGCCCGGUCUUCGAUGGUUUGUUUUCCUUCUGCCAGACCUACGCCGGCGCUUCGGUUGGCGCUGCGGUUAAGCUUAACCACGGACAACACGAUAUCGCCAUUAAUUGGGCCGGAGGACUGCAUCAUGCGAAAAAGUGCGAAGCCUCGGGGUUUUGCUAUGUCAACGACAUCGUCCUUGCAAUACUCGAGCUCCUCAAGAAGCACGAGCGUGUUUUAUAUGUUGACAUUGAUAUACACCAUGGAGAUGGUGUAGAGGAAGCCUUCUACACAACUAAUCGAGUAAUGACAGUUUCAUUCCACAAAUUUGGAGAUUAUUUUCCAGGAUCAGGAGAUAUACGUGAUGUUGGAUUUGCUAAAGGGAGAAACUAUGCUAUAAAUGUUCCCUUGAAUGAUGGGAUUGAUGAUGAGAGUUACUUGUCACUUUUCAAACCCAUCAUGGCAAAAGUCAUGGAAGUUUUCCAGCCAGGUGUUGUUGUUCUCCAGUGUGGUGCUGACUCUUUAUCUGGAGACCGGCUUGGUUGUUUCAAUCUUUCUAUAAAAGGGCAUGGCGAGUGUGUGAGAUAUAUGAGAUCAUUUAAUGUGCCACUGCUACUCCUUGGUGGUGGCGGGUAUACAAUUAGAAAUGUGGCUCGAUGUUGGUGUUAUGAGACAGGUGUUGCUCUUGGUGUAGAAUUAGAGGAUAGGGUUCCUGAGCAUGAGUACUCUGGUUAUUUUGGUCCAGAUUAUACUCUUCAUGUUGCACCAAGUAAUAUGGAGAACAAGAAUUCUAGCAAGUUAUUGGAUGCAAUCAGGACUAAGGUUCUUCAAACCCUAUCAACUAUGGAACAUAGACCAAGUGUUCAAUUGCAUGAAAGGCUUCCAUUUAUGAAAUUUGAAGAGGAAGAUGACCAUGAAGAUAUUGCAGAUAAAAUAGAAGAUAUUGAUGAUGAAAUGGAUUAUCCGACGAUUUCUGAUGCUAUAAAUGAAUAUCCACCUGAUAACAAUCAAAUUGGUAGAACCAAUAUGGAGAUUCAUGGAACCGAUGACAAAAAGCAGGAUUUGGUCGCUGUUUCAAUUUCAAUUGAUGUAACAAACAAUAUGAACCCCGAACCUGUUGGAUUGAACGAGCUUUCUACUGAACAUUCUGGAUUGUAUUUAAAAUCAUGACCAUUAAGUGGAUAUUGUGAUUUUUUCGCAUGAGUAAGAAUAAAAAAAAAAAUCCAAAUCUUUUCUGCAUACGGGGUAUUUUGCAGAGUUUUUGCUAAUUCUGCCCUUCAAUUUACAAUGCAUUUUAAGCUAUCGGAUGACUUUGAGUGUAGUUGCG